CUGUUGUCCAAUCUUCUCCCCCGACACUCCUUUAUUUAGGGAAUUUUUUAGUAUUCACUUUUUUUUUUAUCCUUCCAUCAUCUCUUUGCAUCUCUCAUCCCUCAUCCACCUUCCCUACUACAAAGAUGAUCACACAGAAUGAGACAUUCUCAAAGUUUAGGAAUAACUACCUGGCUGUCUAUCUGACAGUAAUGAUGAGCGACUGGCUGCAGGGUCCAUAUCUGUAUGCCCUUUAUCAGAAAUAUGGCUUUGAGAUGUAUGACAUCGCUGUCCUCUUCAUUAUUGGUUUUGUCAGCAGCGCUGUCUUUGGAACUGUCAUUGCCAACACUGCAGAUGUGUGGGGUCGCAAGCGUAUGGCUUUGUUGUUCUGCCUUUCCUCCUCUACCGCAAGUUUGAUCCGUCUCUCACAGAACUAUCAAUAUUUGAUCCUCAGUCAUCUGCUCAGUGGUCUCAGCACUGCACUCCUGUAUUGUGUCUUUGAGGCUUGGUACAUCUCACAGCACCAGCGCAAGGGCUUUGCACCUGCUUUGAUUGGUGCCACUUUCAGCACGGCCAUCUUUUUGAAUGGCUUGGUGGCUAUUUUAGCUGGUAUUGUCGCCAACAUCGCAGUCGAGUUUUCUGGAACACUUGCAGCGCCUUUUGUUGUUAGUGCUGGCACAUUGGUGCUAGCAGCAUUUUUGAUCAUGCGUUCAUGGGAAGAGAACUAUGGAGAGAGCAAGACCAAUGUUACUGGAUCUGUCCUCAAGAGCAUGUUGGAGGGUCUCAUUGUUCUCAAGAGUGAUACCAACAUUUUAUCAUUGGGUUUGGCUCAAACGGUCUUUGAGUGCUGCAUGUAUACGUUUGUGCUUCUGUACACUCCUGCGCUCGAGAAAUCAAUCAAUAGCUCGUCAGGUUCAGAUACUCCUUUCCCACUGGGCUACCUCUUUUCAGCCAUGAUGUUCUGUAGCAUGUUGGGCUCAUUGGGCUUCAAGUUCCUAACUCUUAAGGGCACCUCCACUGAGAAUUUGUUGGCGACAGCAUUGUUUGUGUCAGGAGUAUCAUUCUGCUCUAUUGUGCUCAACACCAGUGAUGCUGCAUUGACGAUAUUAUCGUUUUUGCUGUUUGAAUUCACAACAGGAAUGUACUUCCCAUCGAUUGGCACCUUGAGGGCUCAGGCGAUCCCGGAACAGAACAGGACAGGAGUGAUGGCGUUCUUGCGUGUGCCGAUGAACUUUGCAGUGUGUGCAAUCUUGUUGCAUGUGGAUGCGAUGCCCAUGACCCAGAUCUUCCAGAUCUGUGCACUGUUGUGCUUUGUGGGAGGCUUGACCAUCUUGUGGCGUGCAUUGGAUCCGGAGCGCCAGAAUCGUCAGACUUAUGUUGCAGCAAAGGCAGAAGAAAAUCACGAGUUGUGAAAAUAAAAAUAAAAAAGAAAAUAAAUAUUUAU